UAGUGCUACGUUGCCACCGCUUUGUUUUGACCAACUUGAUAUCUCUCAGUCGCGCAACUGAGACGCAGAAGUUAAAGGAGGACAUUUUUCGCCCUUUUAGCGACUUUCGUGCUGUUUUUGCCAGGUGGAAGUUUGUGCUUUGUCGUUCCACGAUGGUGAAAGUGUCUUUUAACUCGGCCUUUUCGCAGAAAGAUGUCAAAAAGGACGCGGAAACGCUGAUUUCCGAGGAGGACAAAGAUGCGGAGGCAGCACUUCCUGUGCGUGGACAGUCUCGGGCCUGGUGCUGGUGCAUGUGCCUGGGUCUGGGCCUCAUGCUGUCUGGGAUGGUGGUGGCUGGAGCCUACCUGUACCGCUACUACAUCCUGGAGGUGUGCGUCUGGCAAGUAGACCAGAGCAGACCCAAGUGUGACACGCCUCCCUCUGUCUUGCAGGAGGGUCAGGUGUUUGUGUGUGGGGUCAACUACCGCGAGGAGGACCUGACCAUGGCCCACCUGGAGAAGGUGGACGUGGACCUUCCAAUCCCUCUGAGGCAGCUGGAGGAGAGAAUCCGGGUGCUGGAGAGGCAACAAGUGGCGCUCAUUCACGUGCCCGUGCCCGACUUUGAGGAGGGAGACCCCGCAGACAUCGUCCACGACUUCCAGCGGAUGCUGACCGCCUACCUAGACCUGAACCUGAACAGGUGUUACGUCAUCGCGCUCAACACCUCCAUUGUCAUGCCACCACGAGACUUCCUGGAGCUGCUGGUCAAUGUCAAGUCUGGCACCUACCUGCCCCAGUCCUACCUGGUGCACGAGGACAUGGUGGUGACGGAGCGCCUGGAGCACGUGGACCAGCUGGGAUACUUCAUCCAUAACCUGUGUCGCGGCAAGGACACCUUCAAGCUGCAGCGCCGGGACAGGAUUCUGGGUAUGCAGAAGCGGGAGGUGCUGAACUGCCACAAGAUCCGUCACUUUGAGAACAAGUUUGUGGUGGAGACUGAGAUCUGUGAGAUGUAAUCGAGCAUUUCUCAGCGUACUUUCACUUUCACUUUCACUUUCUACAUACGGUUGGGCCAGAAACCAAGCAGUACCAACAUCAGUACUACUAUAGUAUUCAACACUACAGUAGUAUUAGUACAGUAGUAUUCAAUACUACAAUAGUAUUUAGUACUACAGUAGUAUUGACUACUACAGUAGUAUUAUUACUACAGUAGUAUUCAAUACUGUAGUAUUGAAUACUACAGUAUUAUUCACUACUACAGUAGUAUUACUACCGUAGUAUUCAAUACUACUGUAGUAUUCACUACUAUUGUAGUAUUGAAUACUACUGUACUAAUACUACUGUAGUGUUCACUACUAUUGUAGUAUUGAAUACUACUGUACUAAUACUACUGUAGUGUUCACUACUACUGUAGUAUUGAAUACUACUGUACUAAUACUACUGCAGUGUUCACUACUACUGUAGUAUUCAAUACUACAAUAGUAUUCAGUACUACAGUAGUAAUACUACAGUAGUGUCGGCCCCAGAUGCGACCAAACCAAUCAGAGCAAUGGGUUUAGUAUGGUGGCCUCUGAUUGGCUGAGGCAACCUUACUAUUUAGGAUGAAUGGAGUGUAAAGAUGACUCAACAUAUUUAGAAGGUUGUUUUGUCCCAACUCUGGAAAUACUCCAUGAUAAUGAUUCAUUUGUAAUUCAUUAAUAAACAACAUGAUAAUGAUUCAUUUGUAAUUCAUUAAUAAACAACAUCUUUCCUUUCCUGCUGGAGCAUGAAGUCGCUUCUUUCUUCUUGACAUUUACACCAAAUCAGCUGAAAUGACUUGUAAUCAUUCAUCUUUGUUUUCAACAACUCAUUCUACCAUUAUGUUGCGUGUGCGUGUGCGUGCGUGCGUGUGCGUGUGCAUGCGUGCGUAUUUAUAAUCUUUGGGGAGAUGAACAGUCCAAUAAGAAAAGUACAAACUGAAUCGUGGCUCUCCUGUCUUGUGUUCCACUUGGAAAGGACUA